GUACGCAAAAAAUAACACAUUUGUCAGUUUGCGCGCGAAAGAUGAACGUCUUCCAAGUCGCGUUACUGAUUGUCACUGUACUUGCUGUGUCAAGUUUAGUUAGAUCAUUACCAGUCCAUCAAGCGAAUAACGUUAACCCCAGCAUAGCGGAAAGUAUAUCUGGCUACAGCCUCUACGAACCAGAGGGAUAUGGCACGUACGCGUUCGGGUACGACAUUGAUUAUUCAGAUGGUGACAACACACAAUUUCGAGAUGAAGAAAGACAAUUGGAUGGAUCUGUAGUAGGGAGAUAUGGAUUUUUAACUCCCGAGGGCAGAAGAUUUUUAGUCGAAUAUACUGCGGAUAAAGAUGGUUAUAGGGCCAAAGUUCGAGAAAUACAAGCGGCAGAACGAAUGGUGCUAAACUGAGCGGAAAAAAAUUGCCAACCUUUACAACAAUGCAAAUACUGCUGUGUUUGUUUAUAUAUGCAACGGGUAGUUUGAUUAUUUCAGGCAGUAUUCAUAAUGUUUGGCCAUUCAAAAUAAUGACUAUUAAAAUUGGUCAAUUUAAUCAAAUUAAAUUACUUCGCACAAAUUACGUGCAGCAAUUGCACAAAUGGGGUGUUGUUGCCAUCUCAUAUUGUUUACUUUGUACAGUUUUCUCAACUUUAGUAUGGGUUUUUGUUUAUGAAAAUUUGAUUAUUUUUUAUAAAAUAUAAUGCAGGAAUAGCAUAUCUGACUGAUAUCAGGUAUAGUUUCAACGAACGCCUAACUGAGAUAUGUUUAUUAUAAACUCAUAAACUUUGUUGUAUUGUUGGUACAUAGAUAUUUACUAAGUUUUUGAUACUCUGUGUCGAUCUACCAAAUAUUAUUUCCUCGUUAAUAGAUUGGUAGGUUUUGAGGUCUACGUAUAGUAUACCAGUGUUUUAGUAUUUAUAAACAGACAUUGAAACCUGUCCUUGCUAUAAAAAAAAACAUAAAA